CGCGCCUUUUUGAUUGUCAGUUGCGUUUACAUUCGCAUUUACAGCGUGAAUUUUUUAGAGUAUAGUAAGAUAAGUGCGAAGUGUCCAAUUGUUGUUAAACCAUUAAUAUUUUGCCACCAUAUAAAGUAAAUUCUUAAAGAUGUCAAGUCCCGCACGAACACCCGAAGGUGCGGCUACACCAAGAGGUCAGGGCGAGCAUACUCCAACUCGUAACCCCGUAGUGCAGGAUGCAACAGAUACACCAAUGCGCAUGGGGCCAACAACUCAACGCCAGAGUCAACAGCCAUCGGAAAUCAGUUUGCCUCCAACAUCACCGGGUGGUUUAAGUUUACCAGCAACUAGUCCAGCACGCGGACUGGGAAUGAGUGAAAUCGAUCUAAGUUCACCAUUGAAUUAUGGUACUCCAAGCUCCAUUGGUUCUAUACGUACACCACGUUCGGGCAUUCGUGGUACACCUUUGCGAGCACGUCCCGAUAUACGUACAGAUAAAAGAAUGCGUCAAGUGACCAUAGGUGGUGCUCCUGGUUUGGAUACCAUUCCUGAAAAGCCCUCAGAAGGCACUGAUACUGUGUCGGAGUCGUCGGCCACACCGCAGAUGGUUGUUUGGGGCACCAAUGUUGUUGUACAUCAAUGCAAAACAAAAUUCAAAGUGUUUCUUAUGCGUUACAUUGAUCCUGACGUAGAACGGGAUGAAAUUUCAGAAAACAUAGAUAUAAAUCAACCAAUAUAUAUGCAAAAGUUGGAAGAGAUUCAUACUCUAGAAGAGCCCUAUCUAAAUGUGAAUUGCGCACAUUUGAAAACAUUCGAUGAAGCACUUUAUCGGCAGUUGAUCUGUUACCCACAGGAAGUAAUCCCCGCUUUUGAUAUGGCCGUUAACGAAAUGUUUUUUGAACGCUACCCAGCAGCUGUAUUAGAGCAUCAGAUUCAAGUGCGUCCAUUUAAUGCUGAUAAAACUCGUAACAUGCGUUCUCUCAACCCUGAAGAUAUGGAUCAGUUGUUGAGUAUUAGUGGCAUGGUAAUACGCACCUCCGGUGUUAUUCCGGAAAUGCGUGAAGCGUUCUUCAAAUGUAUAAUUUGUGCAUUCUGCACCACUGUUGAAGUUGAUAGAGGCCGCAUUGCUCAACCAACACUCUGUACAAAUUGUAAUACGAAUCACUGUUUCCGAUUGGUGCACAAUCGUUCAGAAUUCACAGAUAAACAAUUAAUAAAACUGCAAGAGUCGCCGGACGACAUGGCUGCCGGUCAAACGCCACACAAUGUGCUACUUUAUGCUCAUAAUGAUUUGGUUGAUAAAGUACAGCCUGGUGAUCGUGUCACCGUAACUGGUAUAUAUCGCGCUGUUCCGUUGAAGGAUAAGGGUCGCAAUAUUAAGAGCGUUUACAAAACACAUGUGGACGUAGUGCAUUAUCGGAAAGUUGAUAGCAACCGUUUGUACGAAGAGGAAGAAGGAAAAAUGCACAUUUUUACACCAGAGCGUGUUGAAUUACUGCAUUUGCUAUCACAGAAACCCGAUAUAUACGAUCGUUUAUCUAGAGCAAUUGCUCCCUCUAUUUAUGAAAAUGAUGAUAUCAAAAAAGGUAUUUUAUUACAAUUGUUCGGUGGUACAAAGAAGAAACAUUCUACUUUAGGCAGACAAAAUUUCAGAGCGGAAAUUCACUUGCUGCUGUGUGGUGAUCCCGGUACAUCCAAGUCUCAAUUACUACAAUAUGUUUUUAAUUUAGUACCACGUUCACAAUACACUUCGGGCAGAGGAUCUUCUGCUGUUGGUCUAACUGCCUAUGUCACGAAAGAUCCGGAAACACGACAACUAGUGCUGCAAACUGGCGCACUAGUAUUGGCUGAUAAUGGCGUCUGUUGUAUCGAUGAAUUUGAUAAAAUGAACGAUUCCACGCGCAGUGUGCUGCAUGAAGUCAUGGAACAGCAGACGCUCAGUAUUGCUAAGGCUGGUAUUAUUUGCCAGCUUAAUGCACGUACCUCCAUUUUGGCUGCUGCCAAUCCAGCUGAAUCGCAGUGGAAUAAAAAGAAGAACAUAAUCGACAAUGUGCAACUGCCACAUACACUAUUGUCCAGAUUUGAUUUAAUUUUCCUUGUGCUAGAUCCACAGGAUGAGCAAUUCGAUCGGCGUUUAGCUAAUCAUCUUGUAUCACUUUAUUAUGUGACUCGACAUGAGGAGGAAGAUACGAUGUUUGAUGUAAGUGUAUUACGCGACUACAUUGCUUAUGCACGUGAACACUGCUCUCCCACUUUAUCGGAGGAAGCUCAACAACGUCUCAUUCAAGCAUAUGUUGAUAUGCGCAAAGUUGGUGCACGUCGCGGUCAAAUAUCCGCUUAUCCCAGACAGUUGGAAAGUUUAAUACGUUUAUCAGAAGCACACGCCAAAGUACGCCUUAGUAACGUAGUUACUGUAGAAGAUGUCGAAGAAGCUUGGAGAUUACAUCGCGAGGCUUUGAAACAGUCUGCCACCGAUCCACUUUCUGGCAAGAUAGACGUGGGUAUUCUAACAACAGGUUUGUCCACUGCUGCACGCAAGAAACGUGCAGAUCUUGUUAUGGCCAUUAAGGAAAAUCUUAAAAAGAAAGGCAAAGUGCCAACGGUUCCAUAUCAAAAACUAUUUAAAGAGGUCAAAGAUGCUUCGCAAAUUCUUAUUACACGCGAGCAAUUUGAGGACGCACUCAAAGAAAUUCAAGAUGAAGGUGCCAUCGUUGUGAUGGGUAAAAAUACCAUCAGAAUCUGUUAACUACAAACGCAUAAACAUUCAUGCAUAUGUUUUUUUGUCAUUGUUUUUAUAUUUUUCAUACCUAAAGUUAUUCCAAAUAAAUAUCAUUUAUAUAUAAUAAAUAAA